CAAUUAACUCCCCAUGCCACCCCCCCCCCUCCCUCUCCGUCCUCUCCCCUUCCUCUCACUCCUCUCUCUCCCCUUACGCUGCUCCAUUCCUUGAUCCAGAUUCCAUAGGGUUGAGGGCCCCAAUCCGAUCGUCCGUCUCCGCCGAUCCCCCAAACCCUAGGAGGAAUCCUGCUCCGCGUUGAAUUCGAUUGCGGGUUGAUUUGAUCCCGAGAAUUCGCGGAGGGGGCGGCGGCGGCGGCGAAUCGGAUGGUUUAGGAGGAAGGAAGAAAGAUAUCGGCUUUGUGGGCGGCCAUGCAUCUGUCGCUGUGGAAGCCGCUGUCCCACUGCGCCGCGCUGUUCCUGGACAAGAAGCACCGACCACCGCGGCCGGCGGCGGCGGGGGCUGGGGCGGGGUCGGGUGACGGGCGGCGGCUUCAGGAGAGCAAGCUCCGGGAGGCGCUGGAGGAGGCGUCAGAGGACGGGUGCCUCACCAAGUCCCGUGACGCGGCGCUCCUCGACGGGGACGGCGGGGAGGAGGGGUCCGUUGGGCGGUCGCGGUCGCUGGCCCGGCUGCACGCGCAGCGCGACUUCCUGCGCGCGACGGCCAUGGCCGCGGAGCGCGUGUUCCAGUCGCCGGGCGCGCUCCCGGUGCUCGAGGAGGCGCUCGCGACGUUCGUCGCCAUGUACCCCAAGUACGCGUCCUCCUCGGACGUGGACCGCCUCCGCGCCGACGAGUACCCGCACCUGGACAAGGUAUGCCUCGACUACUGCGGCUUUGGCCUCUUCUCCUAUCUCCAAAGCUGUAACCUUGGCGACUCGUCGGCGGCGUUCACGCUUUCGGAGAUCACUGCUAACCUCAGCAACCACGCGCUCUACGGCAGCGCCGAGAAGGGCACCUCCGAGUACGACAUCAAGAACCGCAUCAUGGACUACCUCAACAUCCCCGAGUCCGAGUACUGCCUCGUCUUCACGGUUAGCCGUGGCUCGGCGUUCCGGCUGCUCGCUGAGUGCUACCCCUUCGGCACCAAUAAGCGGCUGCUCACCAUGUUCGACCACGAGUCCCAGUCGGUGAAUUGGAUGGCGCAGGCCGCACGCGACAAGGGGGCCAAGGCAUACUCCGCUUGGUUCAAGUGGCCCACUCUCAAGAUCUGCUCCACUGAGCUCCGGAAGCUGAUCUCCACCAAGAAGCGACGGCGCAAGAAGGAUUCCGCAACUGGGCUGUUCGUGUUCCCGGUGCAGUCGAGGGUGACCGGCGCAAAAUACUCGUAUCAGUGGAUGGCAUUGGCGCAGCAGAAUCACUGGCAUGUCCUGCUCGAUGCUGGUGCAUUGGGACCUAAGGAUAUGGAUUCGCUGGGGCUGUCGUUGUUUCGGCCAGACUUCAUUAUCACAUCAUUCUAUAGGGUUUUUGGGGCUGACCCGACGGGUUUUGGCUGCUUGCUGAUCAAGAAGUCGGUAAUGCCGUGCUUGCAGAGCCCGAGUGGCGGGACGGGGGCGGGAUUGGUUAGGAUUGUGCCGGUCUUCCCACAGUAUCUGAGUGAUUCAGUUGAUGGAUUUGAUGGUGUCCUGGAUGGGCUGGAGGAUGAUACUAUCAUUCCAAUUGAGGAGGGGUCAGCGUCGAACAGUCACCGUGCAUCCCAUUUGCCUGCAUUCUCGGGCGCAUAUUCAUCAGCACAGGUGAGGGAGGUGAUUGAGAGUGAAAUGGACGAGGACAGUUCAGAUAGGGAUGGUGCCAGCACGAUAUAUGAAGAGAAUGAGAGUGUUUCUGUUGGGGAGGUGAUGAAGAGCCCUGUGUUCAGUGAGGAUGAGUCAUCCGAGAACUCCUUCUGGGUUGAUUUGGGCCAGAGUCCACUUGGUUCAGAUCAUUCAGAGCAAUCAAGCAAGGGGAAAUUGGGCUCUCCAUUGCCAGCAUCCUGGUUUUCUGGUAGGAAGAAUGCAAAGAAGGCAUCGCCAAAGGUGCCAUCCAAACUGGUAAAGAGCCCUAUUCAUGACAACCAUGUUAUGUCCUUCGAUGCAGCUGUGAGGUCAGUAUCACAAGAGCCAGGGCCUGUGAAGGUUGUUCCAGAUGAAGAUCAUUCAUAUAAUGGCAUCAAGAAUGUCAUUCCUAUUAGUGAGAUUGAAGAAGAUCAAAAUGGUAAAGGAAACAAGAGGUUUGUAAAGUUCUCUUGUGCGAAUGGCUCCGCCAAAGGCAGCUCGGCCUCUGUUUUUGGGAGUUGUACCACCCGUGAGAAUGGCUCCACUUCGGAGAUUCUCUCAGAAAGUCAGGCGGAAACCAAAGAGAGUGCCAUCAGAAGGGAAACCGAAGGGGACUUCCGUCUACUGGGAAGGAGGGAGGCACACAACGGCAGAUUCAAUGGUGGAAGGCUCUUUGGAGUGGAAGAGUCAGAACAAGUGUCAAGUAUGGGGCACAAGGUAUCAUUCACUACGGAUGAUAGCAGGCUCUGUCGUAAUUCAGAUGCUGGGGAAACAUCUGGGUAUGCAAUGGCAGAUGAUGAUGAUGCAUACAGUGACUAUGAUGAGACUCAGGAAGGCAGGCGAGAGCCAGAAAUUAUCUGCAAACAUCUUGAUCAUGUGAACGUGCUUGGCCUUAGUAAGACCACACUUAGGUUGCGUUGCCUGAUCAAUUGGUUGGUGACCUCACUGCUGCAGCUCCGGUUGCCUGAUUCAGGGGAUGGUGAAGGGGUACCACUUGUUUAUAUCUAUGGUCCGAAGAUCAAAUAUGAACGAGGAGCAGCAGUUGCAUUCAAUGUAAAGGACUGCAGCACUGGAACCUCCCUGAUCAAUCCUGAAAUGGUACAGAAACUGGCAGAAAAAGAAGGCCUCUCUCUGGGCGUUGGGUUUCUAAGUCAUAUACGCCUCACGGACAACCAGAAACAUGGGGCGGCUGAUGUGGGGCUCAGUUCUUCCUUGUGUCAGCCUACGUCGAGCGGUCGCCGUGAAAAGAAAAAUAGCAAAAAUGCUAUUAUUGGGAUUGAAGUGGUUACUGCUUCUCUUGGGUUCCUUACAAAUUUUGAGGAUGUCUACAGGUUGUGGGCAUUUGUUGCAAAAUUUCUGGAUUCAUCAUUUCUUGAGCGAGAGAGACUAUCAUCUAUUCCUGAGGAUGCAGAAAGAUAGUAUUACAGGAUUUUGGCUUAUGGCUAUUGCAGCUACUUCAUAAAUACAGAAGGAAGGUGGCGACAGUGUAAUUGAGAGGAGGAUAAAAGAAGAGAUGUCAAAGCGUUUCUGAGUAUCUCUCUUGUAUCCAAAUGUCUCCACUUGGCAUUAGAGGGUAAUACUUGGUGGUGCGGCUGGUAUAUUUCUUCAUUCUUCCUUUUCCCUUUUCUAGGUAUGCAACUUUUUUGCUUGUAGAUUUUGUUGAUCUAUGUGUAUCGCCUAAUUAUUUUGAGGAGCAUCCUUUCCAUGUACUCGUUUGUAAAUUGGCUUCAUUGGCCAUGAAGUACACUCGCUUGUAUGAUUCUUGCAACAUGAAUAGCAUGCUGAUAGGUGAUUCUGCCCUUUUCAGUUCUGCUGUUGAAUCCUCUACUGUUCCAGUAUGCUACAGUGCUGUGAUUAAUUCACCGAUUUAAGUA